UGUGGAUCUUGAAAGUAUGAAUGAUCAUAUUUUUUCUACGCCUGACAUCAACAAAAACAAGAAACGGGCUGCUAGUGUUUCAAUCAAGGAGGAAUUUAGUGGAACAAAAAAAUCCAAGAAGAUUGGUUCUUUUGAUAAACAUGCUGAAGACUUUCAACAAAAAAAUGGAAAGAAUUAUGGAAUUAUGUGCUACUUCAAACAAACAGUUUGAGAAGAUGUCAACUUUCUUUGAUUGUUUUAAUGCAGCUGAUGAUAACAAGCCACAUAUUUUAGAGAUGAUAAUGAAUUUACCAAAUUUAAGCAAGGAGAACGCGAUUCGAGCAUUUGGAAUCAUAUCAGCUAGUAAAGGGAAAACAGAUUCGUUUUUAUUGAUGCCAGAUGAAGAGGCCAAACUGAUUUACAUUAGUGCUGUUCUAAA